GUGGACGCCGAGGCUCCCUUCCUUACGGAGCACAUGGAAGAUGAGCCACCGCUCGCUGGCGUCUCCGACUUCCAUGGCCGCCUCGUCUACCGCAGCACCUCCGGCGGGUGGCGAUCCGCCCUCUUCGUCGUCGUGGUGGAGGUCACCAGCGCUUUCGCCUACUACGGCGUAUCGGCGAACCUGAUCACCUACUUGACGGGGCCGCUGGGUCACUCCAACGCCGCCGCCGCUGCCGCCGUGAAUGUCUGGGCGGGAACGGCCACUCUCAUGCCCCUGCUGGGCGCCUUCGUCGCCGACUCGUGGCUGGGGCGCUACCGGUCCAUCAUUGUCGCAUGCAUCCUCUACGUCUUGGGAUAUGCCAUGAUCACUCUAUCAACCAUGCUCUCGGCACAUGAUCCAUCGUUGCAAGCCGGCGACACCUCUCCUCACCCCUUGUCGCUGCAGGUGGUCUUCUUCUAUGCCUCCCUCUAUCUCAUCGCCGUCGCGCAGGGCGCAGAUAAUCCAUGUGCACUGGCCUUUGCCGCCGACCAGUUUGAUCCCGACCACCCCAGGGAGUGCGCCGCCCGCAGCUCCUUGUUCAACUGGUGGUACUUCUCCUUGGCUGUAGGUAUCACAGUUUCUGUUGGUGUUGUCGGCUACAUCCAGGAGAACCUUGGCUGGGGAAUUGGAUUUGGCAUGCUAUGUGCCCUCAUGCUAUGUGCCUUUGUUGUCUUCCUCCUCGGCACCCCUACAUACCGCCUCUAUGAGCCCACUCCCGGCGCUGGUAGCCCCUUCGCCCUCCUUGCUCGUAGCCUCACUGCGCUAUCACAGCAUGACAAUGCCACUUCAUGCUCAUUGCUAGAAGCCAAAGACGUUGCAACCCAAAAGGAGGACGCGCGUGCGGUGCUACGGUUGUUGUCAAUUUGGGCAGGAUGCCUAGCAUAUGGUGUGGCAUUUGCUCAAGUCAUGACACUCUUUAACAAGCAGUGCCGCACCCUGGACCGCCGCAUCUUUGGCGGCGUGGAGCUGCCGCCGGCGGCACUGCAAACGUUGGGACCUGCAUCAGCCCUAUUGUUUGUCCCCAUAUAUGACCGCGUGCUCGUGCCGGCACUGAGGCGCACGACAGGCACCCUGUCGGGGCUGACGCUGCUGCAACGUGUGGGCACAGGAUUGGCGCUGACCCAAGCCUCAAUGUCGGUUGCGGCAUUGGUGGAGGCGCGGCGCCUUGAGACGGCACGCGAGCACGGCCUAGUGGACGACGCGGAGGCAACAGUGCCGAUGUGCUGGGCGUGGCUGGUGCCACAAUACGUUUUGAUUGGGGUGGCUGGUGUGUUCGCGGAAGUGGGGAUGCAGGAGUUCUUCUAUGAUCAGAUGCCCAGCGAGCUACGCAGCCUGGGCAUGGCGCUCUUCUAUAGCGUGAUUGGCAUCGGCAACUUCAUCAGCGGCGCUCUUGUUUCCCUAAUCGACCGCAUCACCAGCAGCGGUGGCGGCGACAGCUGGUUCGCGGACAACCUGAACCGUGCUCACCUCGACUACUUCUACUGGUUGCUCGCCGGCUUCAGUGCCGCCGAGCUCGCGCUCUUCCUCCGUUGCGCAAGCACCUACGUCUACAGUCACAAGAGGCUCCGCUGAAGCAAGUGCAUUAGUACAAUGUUGUUACGUAUAGUAUACUAAAAGUUCAAAG